UUCACAAGUCCAUAACAACUCAACAUCUCCUCCUCCUCUGUCAAUAGAGAUCUUUUGAAACUGCUUCUUACUCUUUACUCUCUUUAUCACACUCUCAAUGGCGCCAGCAAUAGCUCAAAAUGUGGAGACAUCGACUGUCACUCCAACCAAAGUGACUAGCAUUAAAACACUUGCUGAGAGUUCAGCUGCUCUCAGCUCUGUACCUUCUGCAUACGCCUUUACCAUAAAUCCCAACGAUGAAGCUGAUCCUAAUGACCCCGAAUUCGCAGUUCCAAUUAUCGAUAUGUCUCUUCUCACCUGCGGUUCACCUGAUCAACGCUCCAAGAUCAUCCAAGACCUUGUCAAAAUUUGUCAAGAAUGGGGAUUCUUCAUAGUGAUUAACCAUGGAGUGCCAGAGAGCCUAAUGAAGGCGAUGAUCGAUUCAUGUCAUGGAUUUUUCAGUCUUCCGGAGAGUGAGAAGCAGGAGUUUAAAUCAGGAAACGAUGUGCUGGAGAUGUUCAAGUACGGGACUAGCUAUAAUCUUGCAUUGGACAAAGUCCUUCUCUGGAGGGACUUCUUCAAGGUCAGAACACAUCCCGAAUUCUACUCCCUCAACAAACCGGCUAGCUUCAGUGAGAUAUCAUUGGAGUUCAGCAAAAGAACAAGAGAAGUAGCAUUGGAAAUCAUCAAAGCUAUAUCGGAAAGCCUGGGAUUGGAGCCCAACUACAUAUAUGAUGCCAUGAAUAUGGAUCGGGGCUUACAAAUGCUAGCCGGGAACUACUACCCUCUUUGCCCUCAGCCAGAACAUGCAAUUGGUAUACCACAUCAUACAGAUCAUGGUCUAGUGACACUUCUCAUUCAGAAUGAGAUGAAGGGUCUCCAAGUCGAACACAAUGGGAAAUGGCUCACUGUCGAUGGCCCUGCAAACGGUUUUUUUGUUAAUCUUGCUGACCAAAUGCAGAUUCUUACAAACGGAAAGUACAAGAGUGUGAUGCACCGGGCAAUUGUGAAUAACAAAGCUGCAAGGAUAUCUAUAGCCAUACCACAUGGACCAUCUGUAGAUACAACUAUUGCACCUUCACCAGAAUUGUGUGACAGAGAAGGUCAGGCUCCAAAAUACCUUGCAAUGAACUACAAGGAAUACAUACAACUUCAACAAAGUGGCAAGAAUUACAUGAAGUCAACCUUCGAUCACAUACGAGUCUAGACCUUUCACAGUGGCCUGGUUUCCGAUAUAUAGUUCAAUCAUAUGAAAGACUUGCAACUUUCGUUUGGUUUUUUCCUUUCCGCCUUCGAUAAUCAUGUCAUCUUCAGUUUUCAUCAAUGCUGUAUUACUGUCUAAGUGUCAAUAAGCUCCCUUGUCCUCUACUUUUCAGUGUGCUUGUAUUUGGACUUGGCAUGAAUAAUUGAAUAGUUAUCAGUUCUAUGUCUUACUGCCAGAAGGCUAAUUAAUGUCCUCUGCUUUCCAA